AUGGAAUCGCCCGCUGCAAUUCGGAGGCGGCGCCGCCGGCGCGUCCCUGAUGAGAAUCGUAAGAGGGCACCUCGCGCGUGCGAUCGCUGCAAGACUCGCAAGAGCAAAUUUGAGAAGAGCAGAGGAAGAUCACCUUCAUCACCGUCAUUCCAUGAAGAGCCGCCAUCGUCAGCACAAAGUGAACAUGGCAUAUCCGCCUCCGACGGCCAUGCGAGAGAGGCACCCGAGGAAAACAUAUCCAUCGAAAGUCCAGAAGUAUUCUCCCCAGCAUCGGCAUUGUCGCAAAAACUUUCCAAACACGUCAUAGUAGAUCAAACAACAAGGUUGCCAUGGCCGAACAUUUUUUGUCGCCUUCGAGAAGCGUUUUCACUCAACCCGCACACUACACCAGAAGAACAGGACAUGGUGGCUAUGCAAGCACAUAUGACUUGCCCAAAAGAGGCGCAUCCGUCAGAAUUGGCACGCCUUCGUCUUGUCGUAAAGGCAUUCCCUCCGCGGCCUGUGGCCAACUUCUUGCUGUCCGUCUUCAUCAAGCAUGCCACAGACGCGUUCUUCUAUUUUGAUCAGUCCCAGUUUCUGGCGGAAAUUGAUCAACUGUACACUGACUCGAACUCACACUUAAGGUGCGACCCGAGCUUCGUUUGCCUCGCUAUGGCAGCCUUCGCGUUAGGAAGCCAGUGGACACCACUUGAAAGACCCGAGGGAUUGGACACUGAUCUCCACCGGGAAAACGUGGACCUUGGUCGGGUGUUUUAUUGUCACGCUAGGACGUUGAUUCCUGAUAUAAUUGACAAACCAAGCUUGUGGUCUAUCCAGGCCCCCAUGGUUUUGAGCGUGUAUCUGUUGCCGGCAAGUGCAAUUGGAUCGUCCUAUGUUUACAUGGGAUUGGCUUUGCGAAAGGCACUAGCCUUCGACCUUCAUCAAGACAUAGAUGACCCAACAACCGACGAACGUGAAAAAGAAGUUCGUCGUCGCCUAUGGUGGUCAAUCUACUCUCUCGAAAGAUGCACCACUAUUAAAUUGAACCGGCCUCGUUCUAUAAACGCUGAUACGAUCACAGCGAUCCUUCCAUCACCAAACCGAUCAUUAGACCGCCUUCAGAAGUUCGAUAAUCUCCAGUUUCAACUGGCAUUCAUCCAUCUGGUAAAGAUUCUUGAUCAAAUCGCAGAGCCAACUGAUCCCUUGAAGCACACGGAAAGGCUUACACGCUAUGAAAAAUGUGAAUCCGAUCUUCAGCAGUGGAAAAAAUCGUUACCACAAGAGUUCAAACUUGAGAAAAUCGACCCCAGGGACUCAAAAUAUCGUGCAGUGUUCCAUCUUUACCUGAACUACUACUAUGCCUGGAUCUCUAUGGGCAAGGUUUUUCUUGUCACUGUCGUACGAACCAACCUCAACUCCUAUUUCUAUCCCAAACCACAGCCUCCACACAUCAACGAGACAGUCAAUAAGUUAUCCCUUUCUUGCACAAAGGCAGCAAGAAAGCUUCUCCAGCUGUUUGAGAACUUGACGCACACUCGCAAUAUUACUCGUUUCUCCUUCACAGAUUUCCAAGGGUGCAGUAUUGCGACUAUCGUAACCUUGGUGUCCGGAAUACUGGUCCGUGAUUCGACAUACCACGCGAGGGUAGCAUUCGGUCUGGACUGCCUUCGAAAAAUGGCAACGGGGAACAUGACAGCCAAGAUGGGCGUCAAAUUUGUUGAAGCUGUGCAGUCCAUUGCGAAUGAGGCUGCGAGAAAGCUACAUCACACGUCUUCGUUUCAGGAAAGCAUUCAAGUGACUGGAGGAAUAGAUACGACAUCCGAAUAUAGCCAAUGGGCCGAGUGGCUCACGCAGCAAGAGAAUAUCCCCCAGGGAGAUUCAACACCUGCAUCGGGAGGAGGCCAUACAACAACCAUGGAAAUAACGGCCCAAGAUGGAACAUGGACAUUGCCUCAGCCUUCAGUCAAUUCCUCUAGCUGGGGAAUCCAUGGUGCAGAUGUGCCGCCGACGGUCCCAUUUUCGGACAAUUUCACACAGCAAACGACGUUUUCUCAUGAAGCCCAUUCUGCGGAGAAUAGUUUUAUUUCAGCACUACAUAGCGAUGAUCAAACAUUUUUGAUGGGUUUGACAGGACUUGAUGGUCUGGAUUUGUUGGGAUUCACGAGUCCGCUGGAAUGA